AUGCUUCCAGCAAUCCUUGUUAUGAAUUAUCGUUAUUAUCCGAGUUCCACCAACUCCGCAGCUAAGGUUGGGGCGACUGCUUUUGCGUUACAAGUGAUACGAGUUCUUGAGGAUGCGGGGCUGUUUGGCGGGGUGAUUCUUUAUGAUCGUCAGGAUCACUUAGUGGCGCCAGUUGUACAGCUCAUGACAAAGGACUCAACACCAUGCGUCAAGCUAUCUUUCAGCUUCAGCAUGAACACUGUACAAGUUCGAUAUGCCUUAUACGCCUCCACAGCUCUACUCGUUGCAACAUUCUCAGAGAGCCUAACACCAAUGCUUUACUACCAAACCGACACGCUCCUCAGAUACCACCCGAAGCGUUUACCCUAUUGCGUGACGCACCACGGUCCUUUCUAUGGCGACUUUACUCGCCACUUCACAAGAGAUCUCGCUGCUAUAGCAUAUGGCUCUGAGAACAAGGCUUCUCAUCUGGAAGCUACCCAAGAGGAGGGCUUGAGACAUCUAAAAGCCUCUGAUCGUGCCUACGUUCUACAGCAUUCCAAUAAACAAGGUGAAUAUCUCAUGGAACGAGGUAUUGAUGCCAUGCGAAUUCGAGCAGUCAAUCCACCAAUUCACUCGAUGAAGAUAUACAGUCAGCAUAAAAUGGGCGAUGUCGAGAAACUUACAUCCUUCUCAUCGAGCAAAAGAACUCUGAUCUUCACCGCAGUUGCUCGUCUAGAUUACUUCAAAAACGUAGAGUUAUUGAUAGACUCAGCAGUAUCACUUUUCGAUCGUGGUAGAUCUGUGCGGUUGUUGAUAGUGGGUGGUGAAGGGAUCUUGGAUAUAGCAUCAUCGAGAUUAUUAGCCCGAGUCCCACAAAAGCAUAUCGCUCAUGUCAAGAUCACUUCUAAAAUCCCGAAAGACGACAUGUAUGCGUUGUUUGAAUAUGUACAAACACACGGAAUAUUCGUUUGUACAUCACGCUAUGAGACUUUGGGGAUCACGCCACUCGAGGCAGCUUUGAGCGGUGUGACCACAUUGAUGCCUGACUGCAACCUCGUUGAAGCUUCUCGCUAUUUCCCCCCGAGCUAUCGCUUCGAUCCCACAGUAUUCGGACUUGCGCAAGUGUUGGAAGAUUUUCUUCGGCGGGGGCUAGAAAAAUCUGGCGCAGAGCUGCAGCGUUUCAUUAACAGCUUAAUUUCAGAGGAGAGAUUCGUAUACGACCUGCUCACAGCGUGGUCUGAGUUCUCGCAGCAUGCUCUCAAAGUUUUAGCCACUUCAAAUAGUACCGCUUGCAACAAAACCACUCGGCCAUUGAAGAUAAGAGGUCGGCGAUAUUCCAUGUAA